GCCGGGGCCGGGAGGCGCGCGCCUCGCGGGCGGCGGGCGCGCCGCGCGGGGCUGGGCUCGGAGCGCGCGGAGCUCGGCUGCCAGAGAGCCGCGCGGGGGACGCGCCGGGACCGCGAGGAGCGCACGAGCCUUCGAGGCGGUGAACGAGGGAGGGAGCCCAGUCCGCCGCGGGCCAUGAGCCACCGGGCCCGGGGAGCCCGGCCGCGGUCCGGGCAGCGCUCAGCCGGCGCCCCAGCCCGCUCGGCCGCAGCUGCGCGCCUGUAGGUAUGGCCUCCUUAUACCCAGUUCCUCGCUCCCUGGUCCCUCCCCCGGGACCCCUGUCUGUCCCCGGGGACGUUCGCUGUGUGCGCACCGCUGCCCGAAGGAGAGCGGCCGCACGCGCCUCGGUCCGCGCGUGUCGUCUUUGUGUGCGCGGGUGGGAGGGAGGAGGGCGCGCGAGGGAGGGGAGGCGCCCCCGGCUGGGAUCUGCUCCCCGAUCCCCAUCCCGGGCGGGGCGGGGAGCCGCUGGAGGGGCCGAGCCGCCUCUGGAGCAGCUGCGCCCCCGCCCCCUGCUAGGGCCCCGGCCGGGUAGUGGGGCGAGAGCAGCCGGGCCCUUAGAGGAGGGGUCUCUGGUUGGGGGAGGGGGUGCCCAGGUCUCUUCCCUACGCUGGGAGCGCUGGGAGGGGGCGUCAACCUAGAAUGAGGGUGAGGGCCACGGGAUGGGAUCGGGGAGGACCUCCUCCAGGCCACAGGCACGCCCUCCCUUUGGCCCAGGCCCCCCUUUCUCGACCCGCCCAGCCGGGGAGCUCCCCGGAGCCCCCGAUUGCCGGGAGGAUCGUGGAGGGUGCCCAAGAGGCCGGCGCCUUUAAGAAGGGGCGGGUUCGUGCCCUCCAUUCAGGCCCUUGGGCCUCGGCCAUUGAUGAACCUGCGGGCAGCGCGGGCCGGAACCGCGCCAGCCCAGCGGGCUGAGGCCAGGCAGAGGCAGGGACGCAUCCUGGCCCCCUGCAGCCCCGAAGUGGGGGCCUUCAGGGAGGGAAGUCUGCAGUGACUGGAGCCUCUCAGGAGCCACGCAAGGCAGAUCGGGCAGCCCCAGGCGAGACUCUGAACACGAAUAAGCCAGGAUCUACGUGCACUUCGAGCUAGUGCAAGGGAGAGCCUCAGGCUAGGCUGUCAGACCUGGGUGGAGCCCUACCAAUGCCCCCGAGCCAACAUCACCUACCCUGUAAAAUGGGAUGGUGCUGCCUGCCUCCUGGCUAAGGGACCGGCAACUCCCGGCAGGAAUUGCGUCCCAGAGUCAGGUCCCUGGAGCUCCUCUGGGAGGACUGGGGGCAGGGGGUGUGGUUUCCCCAAGAGGUUUUGACUGCCUCUUGAGUUGAAGCCCCCCCUACUGUGUCCCACCUUGAACUCUCCCAACCUCUUCCCUCCUGGCCUCCCCGCUCCACGCAGGAAGAGGUUGGGAGAGUGACCUAGAACUUUUCAGCUCCAGGAGCUUUGGGAGAGGUCUGGUGGUGGCGGUGGUGGCACUUCUUUUAGGCUAGUGUGGAUCAGGGCAUUUUUGGGGGUCUCAGAGACAGUUUCCCACCAGCUACUUCCUUAGAGGUCUGUCCCACCAACAUACAAGAACAGCCCCACCCCGUGGCAGGCCGGCUUCUGAUGCUGCUUGGUUGAAUGCUUCUAGCCGCAGGUGGCUGCGAUGGGACGGAAGCCAUGAAUGGUGCCUGCCCUGGCCCCGCCGUAGCCGCCCCGGUCCCGAUCCCGGUCCCGGUCCCGGUCCCGGACUGGCGGCAGUUCUGCGAGCUGCAUGCGCAGGCGGCCGCCGUGGAUUUUGCGCACAAGUUCUGCCGUUUCCUGCGGGACAACCCAGCUUACGACACGCCCGACGCCGGCGCCUCCUUCUCCCGCCACUUCGCCGCCAACUUCCUGGACGUCUUCGGCGAGGAGGUGCGCCGCGUGCUGGUGGCUGGGCCGACGACUCGGGGCGCGGCCGUGAGCGCGGAGGCCAUGAAGCCGGAGCUCGCGGACACCUCUGCACUCAAGGCGGCGCCCUACGGCCACUCGCGGAACUCGGAGGACGUGUCCACGCACGCGUCCACCAAGGCCCGCCUUCGCAAGGGCUUCUCGCUGCGCAACAUGAGCCUGUGCGUGGUGGACGGCGUGCGCGACAUGUGGCACCGGCGCGCCUCGCCCGAGCCCGACGCGGCAGCUGCCCCGCGCACCGCCGAGCCCCGCGACAAGUGGACGCGGCGCCUGAGGCUGUCGCGGACGCUGGCUGCCAAGGUGGAGCUGGUGGACAUUCAACGCGAGGGGGCGCUGCGCUUCAUGGUGGCCGACGACGCGGCCGCGGGCUCCGGGGGCUCGGCUCAGUGGCAGAAGUGCCGCCUGCUCCUGCGCAGGGCUGUGGCCGAGGGCUUCCGCCUGGAGUUCUUCGUGCCGCCCAAGGCCUCCAGGCCCAAGGUCAGCAUCCCACUGUCAGCCAUCAUUGAGGUCCGCACCACCAUGCCCCUGGAAAUGCCAGAGAAGGAUAACACAUUCGUCCUCAAGGUAGAGAAUGGAGCCGAAUACAUCUUGGAGACCAUCGACUCUCUGCAGAAGCACUCGUGGGUAGCUGACAUCCAGGGCUGCGUGGACACCGGACUCUGUGAGGCCUGCUCUAUGGGGCCAGGGCCUGGGGACCUGGAAGGAAGUUGGACCAGGUCUUGUCUUCACCCCAAGAGAGCCUCAGAGCACUGGGAGUUGGGCAGAGAUGGCAGGGAACAGGGUGCAGAGACGGAUCCCGAGGCUGAACCCGAGCUGGAGCUAUCCGACUACCCAUGGUUCCACGGGACACUGUCCCGGGUCAAGGCUGCUCAACUGGUUCUGGCAGGGGGGCCCCGGAACCACGGCCUCUUCGUGAUCCGCCAAAGUGAGACUCGGCCUGGGGAGUACGUGCUGACCUUCAACUUCCAGGGCAAGGCCAAGCACCUGCGCCUGUCCCUGAACGGCCACGGCCAGUGUCACGUACAGCAUCUGUGGUUCCAGUCUGUGCUUGACAUGCUCCGCCACUUCCACACACACCCCAUCCCACUGGAGUCAGGGGGCUCGGCCGACAUCACCCUUCGCAGCUAUGUGCGGGCCCAGGGCCCCCCACCAGAGCCGGGCCCCACGCCCCCUGCCUCGCCCGCGUCCCCGGCCUGCUGGAGCGACUCGCCCGGCCAGCACUACUCCAGCCUCGCCGCGGCCCUGCCCGCCUGCCCGCCUGCCUCGCCCUCCGACGCCGCCGGCGCCUCCUUGUCUUCCGCCUCGUCGUCCUCUGCCGCGUCGGGGCCCGCUCCCCCGCGCCCCGUCGAGGGCCAGCUCAGCGCGCGGAGCCGCAGCAACAGCGCCGAGCGCCUGCUGGAGGCCGUGGCCGCCACCGCCGCCGAGGAGCCCCCGGAGGCCGCGCCCGGCCGCGCGCGCGCCGUGGAGAACCAGUACUCCUUCUACUAGCCCGCGGCGCCGCCUGGGUGGGACACGCCAAGCUCUUCAGUGAAGACACGAUGUUAUUAAAAGCCUGUUUUAGG